AUGCCUCUCGUCGUGCCCGGCGUGACCGCCAACAACCUCGGCGACAACAAGACGCAGGAGUGGAUGUCCAAGCUCUUGGGCAAGACGCUGACGGAUGGUGAUUCGAACGAGACGGCAUUCUCCAAGAAGGACCUCCCGAAGAACGCGCGUGUGAUUCCGCACGGCGCGACGGCGACCAACGAUGUCUCGCCUGAUCGUCUCAACAUCUCACUCAACGAGGAUGGCACGGUGGCCAAGGUGCACCACGGUUAA